UGAAAAUGGGGAACACAAGCAGCGAGCGAGCAGGCCUAGAGCGUCAUGGGCAUAAGGCAACCCGAGGUGACAACUCAGGAGGAGCCAUCAGUACGAAAGAGGGUGACAGGCCAAAAAUCUUGAUGGAUAGUCCUGAAGAUGCAGACCUGUUCCAUGCAGAGGAGAUGAAGGCGCCGCUGGAUAAAGAAGAGUUCCUAGCCUGGCAACAAGAUCUGGAAGUCAGUGAUAAAACGCCCACUCAAGCUCGACCAACAGUCUUCCGUUGGACUGGAGGAGGGAAAGAAGUUUAUUUAUCUGGCUCCUUCAACAACUGGAGUAAAAUUCCUCUGACAAGGAGUCACAAUAACUUUGUGGCAAUCCUGGACCUGCCAGAAGGAGAGCACCAGUAUAAGUUCUUCGUGGAUGGGCAGUGGACACAUGAUCCUUCAGAGCCAGUAGUAACCAGCCAGCUAGGAACUGUCAACAACAUCAUUCAGGUGAAGAAAACCGACUUUGAAGUAUUCGAUGCUUUGAUGGUGGACUCCCAAAAAUGUUCAGACAUGUCUGAGCUGUCAAGUUCGCCCCCAGGACCAUACCACCAGGAACCUUAUGUCUGUAAGGCAGAGGAGCGCUUCAAAUCUCCACCCAUUCUUCCCCCUCACCUGCUGCAGGUCAUCCUGAAUAAGGACACGGGCAUUUCUUGUGAUCCAGCGUUGCUCCCUGAACCCAACCACGUAAUGCUGAACCACCUCUACGCACUUUCUAUCAAGGACGGAGUGAUGGUGCUUAGUGCUACACAUCGUUACAAGAAGAAAUACGUGACUACGUUGCUGUACAAGCCGAUAUGAACAUCAUGGUUGUUUCUGACCAAGUGUUCUGGGCCAGUGUGGUCUCAGGAAAAAAAAAAAAAAGUAUAUUUUCGUAACCAAAAGUACUCCUGCUCUGUGCUGCAGCAAACAAACUCUGAUUUCAUAUUAUUUCUGAGACUUCCAGGUUCUAUAUUUGCCUUAUUCUUAUCCCACCUUGGAAGUUCUCGGAGAUGACAGCUUCACAAUGACUAGACUAAUGGCAAAGUGGCAGUGCCAGUUGUCAGCUCAGUUAAAAACACUUAGAUUCAUCUAUGUAAUCGAUUAGGCUGAAAAAUGUCAGAACAGCAGCAGAUUAAAGACCUUCAGCAGUGAUGCACACUAUAAAAAUACCAAAAAAAAAGCCUAAAAUCUAGAAAGUUCAGGAUUCUUGUGGAAUCGGAAUUGAGCUCAACACUAAGCAGAGCAAGCCCAUUACUGCUUUCAUAACUUAAUCCGUGCAUCAAACACAAUUAUUUUAGUAGCAGGUUUGAAACUUGCAUGGCUGAAAUAAGUGUGAAACUUGAUGUUUUGUAGCAGUCUUUCUAGGCAAAAUUAGUGAUAUAAUCACCCACAAGGUCAUUUUGAUUUUACAGUAGACUGGGAGGCACUGUGUUAUUGUUAAUAGUUCUGUAGCAUUUCUCUUCCUGAGAACAGAAAUACAACUUUUCCACUGUGGAAUUUCUGGUAAAGACUUUUUUUUUUUAAUGGCUGGAUUUUUUUGUCAAUCAUACGUGUGUCUUGCAGUAAUCUACUUUUUUGCAACCGACGUCUCACGCUGUCACUGAUAAGGGCUUCCUUAAGCUGGGAUAGGGAGCUGUAAGAAAUCCAGCGCAUCCCGUUUAGGGAUUAGUUCUUCAGUAACAGCCUCUGUCAGCCGAGUUGAUGUCUGUAAGAUACUGUGCAGCACCCUGUGUCCUGGGGGCCAAAUGUGCAGUGGAAGCAGCAGCUUUCCGCUUUUCCGUGCGCGGGGCUGGAGCUGGAUCCUUCCUGCCGGAGGAAGUAUGCACCAGCAGCAAGUAUGAAGUCCCUGUGAGCCGGGCUGUGGCACCUCCACAGUUCUUUUCCUUGUGUUCCUGUUUUCCUAAGUGAAUACAGCGAUGUCUCUCCUCUGCACUGCCCGUCCGUGUUAUCCCAAACCAAACACAACCGCUGCCACGUCGCAGCCUUCCCAGAGGAAGCGUCUCAGGAGGGACCCCGCAGGCCCUCUCCGUUGCUCCUGUCUGGUGCCUGCUAAGUGCCAGCAACUGUGCCAAUGAUCCCAGCCCGUGUCCUCCUGUGGGGAAGAGCACGUCGGCAAUAACACGA